UAAAGACGUCCUUUCAGAUUCCCUAACAACUCAAUCGGUUGUUGAAAUUAUGGGGAUUGUUUUUUGUGUGUCUCCCGUGUGUUCAUUGUAUUUUUGCUUUUCAGGCUAGAAACACUUUAAAAAACGUUUAAAGUUACUAUAGGGCACAAUUAACUGUAGGGAGUUAUUUUACAGACGUGAGAGCUUUCAGUUGAACCGUUAAAUGAUGUUGUGGGGAACAUGUCUGAUACUGUGAGGGUGGAUUCAUCUGUACCUCCGAACCACACGUGAAACAGGGUAAAUCAACAUUUCCAGAAGUUAACGAACAAAGAUGAGUUUUGAGGCAAAACGCUGUGGAGUGCAGUUCAACCCUCCCUCCAUAGUUUUACUUUAUGUCCACACCGACACCAAAAAGAUGCGAAAAAGAAUAAUUCCUGUUCGGAGCUUCUCGAAGUAUUCUGAUUGCAGCCUAGCUGCUGAAAAUCUGAAAAACCACCCAAGGCACAGGGACUAUCUGGAUCGAGUUUCCCAGAGCCAGCUGGAGAAACUCCACAUUAUCCUGCGAGAUCACUUGCAGGGCUUCAGUCUGGAGCACAGCCUCGCCUCAUUCCAGCUGAAUGCAGAUGAAGAUCUGAACAAGCUGGAUGAUGAAAUCUUAGCUCGCAAGAAGGGCCAAAUGGACAAACUGUUUGAGAUGAACAAGAAGCACAAAGACGAUCCAGACUUUGUUUAUGACCUUGAAGUUGACUUUGGCAAAAAAUCUCAAGAAAAGUGCAGCUGGGAUGAGGAGUCAGACGAUGGAUUUUAAAGCUCUUACGUGUCUGAGAAUGCCAUCAGAAACCCAUUGCAAAGUAACAUCAAAUAUGUGACACGUUGACAAGCGUUGUUUAUCUGAACACAAUUACAGAAGUUACCAGAUUGUUUAGGAAACCUUUAUUGUUGAAUAUGGGAAACAAGACAUUGGAGCAUAAUUAAGAGGACGAAUGACCCAACCACAACUAGCUUGUGACAAGCUCCAUUUCAAACUACAGUUAACAAGGCAUAACUAAGUUAUAGUUCACUUUAUUUGUUAUAAAAGACAGAAUUUUACAAAA